AUGUCGCAACAACCUGUCAACAUCCCUGGCGUCGCCGUAGCGGACGCUGCCAACACAGCCGGUCAAAGCGCCAUCGACAUCGACAGCGGCGGAUCCUCACCCGUCAUGCCCCACAACUACAUUCACCACCGCCACCUCAGCGGUGGUCCCGGUGUCGGACCAGGUACCGCUUCUCCAGGUAGAUACAGCGCUACACAAGCUCAACAGCUCGCGCAAAGAAUGACACAACAAGAGCAAGCUCAAAAGGAUGCUGCUGCUGCUGCUGCUGCUGCUGCUUCUGGUCAGCAGUCUGCUCGCGAUCUUUCACGCUCUGCAUCCGUCAAAUCAGGCACCCGAAAGCUUUCCGGAAGCACUCCUGGCUUCUCGUCAGCAUCGCCGAGACCCUUUUCUCAGUCUGGCCACGGUCAUUCUAGACCCGCUCCCUUCCCGCAAGCAUCGCAGAGGGAGGCUUUCGAUGCAGCUGUUGCUGGUUCUAAUCUCGCUUCCUCUUCGGAUGGUCUUCAAGCGUUGCUGCGUGACCAUCCCGAGUUGGUCUCGAGCAGCUUGGCCGCUGCCGCUGGUCCCAAUUUGGCGAUGACGGGUACCUUCAGCACUCGAUCUGGCAGUCACGCUGGUAGCAAGUCCAACAGUGUUCCUGGUACCCCGUACGAAGGUGUCGACAAUGUCAAUAAUGCAGGCCCUGUCUUGCCUAUUGGCGGAUCUCUCUCCAACUCUUUCCACCAAUCACAAACCCAAGCGCAACAACAUCAGCAGCAGAACCCGCACCCACACCAUAACCUCGGUCUUACCUCUCCGACAAGCCACAGUCAUUACGACGACGGCCGCGGCCGCAUCCUCAAGGAUGCACCCCAAGUUGGCGAAGGAGGACCUUCCUCCAGCGGUCAGAGCGGACUCGGCACUGCGCUUGGUCUCGGUCACGGCAUCCGAACAGGUGUUUCUACUCCUAACCUCGGUGCUGCUGGUGCGAGACCAGAUUAUUCGGGCGCCAAGAUCGUCGUCUGCACCGUCGGUCUUCCCGCACGAGGCAAAAGUUACGUCGCCAAUCGAGUGCUCAAGUAUCUCCGCUGGCUCGAGUACGAUGUCAAAGUUUUCAACGUCGGUCAGCUUCGUCGUGCUCUUGCACGUGUCAAAUACAACACCUCUGGUGUCAAAGAAGACCACACAGCUUCUUUCUUCGACCCUUCUAAUCCUUCGGCCUACAAGCUUCGAUCGCAGAUGGCAGAAGAGUGUCUCGAACAGCUCAUUGGCUGGCUUAAGCGUGGUGGUAACGUCGGUAUUCACGAUGCGACCAACUCUACCAGUGCUCGUCGAAAGGAAAUUGCGGAUCGCAUCGCAAAGGAACCCGAUCUCAAGCUUGUUUUCCUCGAAUCGAUCUGCACUGACCCCAAGGUGAUUGAUGCCAACAUCGCAGUCAAAGUCAGUAGCGGUGAUCCCGAUUAUGCCGGUAUGACGCCUGAAGCGGCUAAAGCCGACUUCUUGGCCCGUAUCAAACACUAUGAAGACACCUACGAACCAGUAAACCACGACGGAUCCGAAUCGCACUACAGCUACGUCAAAGUCACUGACGUUGGUAAAUCCGUUACUAUCAACCGUAUCCAAGGUUAUCUCGAAUCUCGUAUCGCUUUCUACCUCAUGAAUCUCCACUUAACACCACGAAACAUCUUCUUCUCACGUCACGGAGAGUCGCAGUACAACGUCGAGGGCAAAAUCGGUGGAGAUUCCGAUCUCUCCCCUCGUGGUUGGAUGUAUGCUAAAGCUCUCCCACAGCUCAUCAAGGACAAUAUUGGCGACGCACCUCUUACCGUUUGGCACAGUACUCUCAAACGAACUGGUCAAACCGCCUCGGAACUCCCUUACCCCAAACUAGCUUGGAAGUCACUGGACGAACUAGACGCAGGAGUAUGCGACGCAAUGACCUACGAAGAGAUCGAGAAAUACUACCCUGAAGAUUACGCAAACAGAGACGAUGAUAAGUUCAACUACCGUUAUCGUGGAGGAGAGUCUUAUCGAGAUGUUGUUGUUCGAUUGGAACCGAUUAUUAUGGAGCUGGAAAGACAGGAGAAUAUCUUGAUUAUUGGUCAUCAGGCUAUUAUUCGUUGUCUAUAUGCUUAUUUCCAUGCGUUGUCGCAGGAGGAUUUGCCGUAUAUUAAGAUUCCGUUGCACACGGUGAUUCAGUUGACACCGAAAGCGUACGGAUGUGACGAGAAGAGGUUCCAGUUGCCGAUUGAAGCCGUGGAUACUCAUAGAUCGAAACCAUUGAGGUCGGAGUUGAGCGAUGAUCAUCCGCCUACCCCGCCACUGGAUCCGUUAGAAGAGGCGGCUACUAGUACCCCUCCUAGUCAGCUUAAGCCUGGGCAGGUCUAG